AUGGGGACGCCCUGGGGAAGUGGUGAUGGCGACGGCGGGAACUUGAUCUGGUGGAUCGGGACUCCCGCCGGCGCGGUCGAUGCGGGGCUGGAGCUGACCGGCGGUGGCUGCUGCAGUGCCGCACCGGGCAGCGGCAACGGCGGAGCACCAGGGGCGGCGGAGGCCGCCAGGAGCGGCGGCUGCCACUGCAGCCAGGGCGGGGCGAUGGUGGCGGUGGAUGUCAGCUGCAGCGGCCCGGCGAACGCGGCAGAGGCUGCCUGGUGCGGCGGCUGCCACAGCAGCCAUAGCGGCGCGAUGGCGGCGAUGGGUGGCGUAGCCGGGUGCGGCCCGUAG